GCGCCAGCUCCCGAUGAAACGCUCCGACCCCGGAUUAAGUCAUUUGGCUCCGGGUGAAGCUGGCAGCCGAGGGAGGAGGACCGGGGGUUGCUGCGUGAUAUAUUCUUAUCCAGAGGCAGGGCUAAACAUGGAGAGUGUCGGCUAUGGGCACCGGUUUUGAUUAACGCGCAAUGAGACGCCGCUUUAGAUGUUUGUGCUGCGAGCUUUGCGUGCAGUGACUGGCAAACGGCGCUAGAGGGGGGCCCGGCCGAGGGCACGCUAUUCCGGCGCCUGGCUGCGCUGCAACGCGGCCAGCAGAUCGGCCGCUCCUGGCCCGGCGAGGCGGUCAUGUGACCGGCUUCAUCGCCCUCCCCACCAUGGCGGAGCUGGAUGGUGAUCCUGUCUUCUGAGUCGUGUUUUUGUUGCUUAAAGGACGAUUUUGGGUUUUUGUUUUUUUGUUUUUUCCCCCCCCUGGAUCUGAAGGAUGGCCGACCGAGGCGUGGACGUGUCGGCUCUGCCGAAGGAGGUGAGAGACCUGCUGGCGGAGCUGGAUCUGGAGCUGUCCGAAGGUGACAUCACCCAGAAGGGCUUUGAGAAGAAGAGGGCCAAGUUGCUUGCUCCAUUCACCGCGAAGACACCAGAACCAGAUCCUGGGCCACCACCUGAGCAGCCGCAGCCUGAAGCCAGUAGGGCUGUGGACCCGACCCCAGAGCCCACGCCAACACCGAAGCCGGCCUCUUCGUCGUCCUCAUCCGCGUCCGCCCGCCGUCGGCGAUCUCAUCGCAGCGGCGGUGCCCGGGAUGACCGCUAUAGAUCAGACGUGCAUACUGAGGCGGUGCAGGCCGCGUUGGCCCAGCACAGGGAGCAGAAGAUGGCGCUCCCCAUGCCUACAAAGCGGCGCUCAACCUACGUUCAGUCCCCUGCAGGCAGUUGCACCCCUCCAGACACAUCAUCGGCAUCAGAGGACGAGGGCUCCUCCCCCCACCAGGCAUCUGUGGGCGGGGCUGUGGGACAGAACCUGCAGAGCCCUGAUUCCUGGAUCAAUCGCUCUCUGCAGGGAUCCUCUACCUCAUCCUCUGCCUCCUCCACGUUGUCACAUGGUGAGGGAAAACCACAGCCAGCUGUCAUGGCUGACGUUGUGGUUCAUACUCGCCCAGAGAGCAGCAUUGUCCCCCCUGAUGUGACGUCCUUUGCAGCACAGGACAGGGGCCCCCGAGUAGACCUGCCCCCCAACGUGCCCGUGCGGGGCAUGAGUCGAGAGCAGAGCCGCUCCAGCAUGAUGGACACAGCAGACGGUGUCCCCAUCAGCAGGGUCUCCACCAAGAUCCAGCAGCUGCUGAACACGCUGAAGAGGCCCAAGCGCCCCCCCCUUCGGGAAUUCUUCCUUGACGACUCAGAAGAGAUUGUGGAGGUGCCCCAGCCGGACCCCAACACCCCCCGGCCAGAGGGCCGUCAGAUGAUUCCCGUGAAGGGAGAGCCUCUGGGUGUGGUUAGUAACUGGCCCCCGGCCCUCCAGGCAGCCCUGGCUAGAUGGGGGGCCACCCAGGCCAAGAGCCCGGCCCUCACGACCCUGGACAUCACUGGAAAGCCUUUGUACACCCUGACCUAUGGUAAACUGUGGACCCGCAGCGUGAAGCUGGCAUACACACUUCUCAACAAGCUGGGCACUAAGACAGAGCCGGUGCUGAAACCUGGCGAUCGGGUGGCCCUGGUGUUCCCCAACAAUGACCCUGGGAUGUUCUGCGUGGCUUUCUAUGGCUGCCUGCUGGCAGAGGUCAUUCCAGUGCCGAUAGAAGUGCCAUUGUCCCGCAAGGAUGCAGGAAGCCAACAGAUUGGUUUUUUGCUGGGCAGCUGUGGGGUCGGCCUGGCCCUCACCAGUGAGGUGUGCCUCAAGGGGCUGCCCAAGACCCCCAAUGGCGAGAUAAUGCAGUUCAAAGGUUGGCCACGGCUGAAGUGGGUGGUAACUGACUCCAAGUACCUGACAAAGCCCUCCAAAGACUGGCAGCCUCACAUUCCGACUGCCAACAAUGACAUCGCCUACAUCGAGUACAAAGCCAGCAAGGAGGGCACAGUGAUGGGCGUGGCCGUGUCCAAGCUAGCCAUGCUUACCCACUGCCAAGCCCUGACACAGGCCUGCAACUACAGCGAGGGAGAGACACUGAUCAAUGUGCUGGACUUUAAGAAGGACAUGGGCUUGUGGCAUGGUGUUCUCACGAGCGUCAUGAAUCGCAUCCACGCUGUCAGCGUCCCGUAUGCCGUGAUGAAGGCCUGCCCACUGUCCUGGGUUCAGAGAGUUCACAUGCACAAAGCCGGUGUGGCGCUGGUGAAGUGCCGGGACCUGCACUGGGCCAUGAUGGCUCACCGGGAGCAGCGGGAGAUCAGCCUGGCCUCACUGCGCAUGCUCAUCGUUGCGGAUGGGGCCAACCCUUGGUCCGUGUCCUCGUGCGACGCCUUCCUCAGUGUGUUCCAAAGCCAUGGCCUGAAGCCUGAGGUCAUCUGCCCCUGUGCCAGCUCCCCCGAGGCCAUGACGGUGGCCAUCCGCAGGCCUGGGAUCCCUGGGGCACCUCUGCCUGCUCGGGCCAUCCUGUCCAUGGGAGGGCUGAGUCACGGCGUCAUCAGGGUCAACACCGAGGACAAGAACUCGGCGCUGACCGUGCAGGAUGUGGGCCACGUCAUGCCGGGAGCCCUAAUGUGCAUCGUGAAGCCUGACGGACCUCCGCAGCUCUGCAAGACUGACGAGAUCGGCGAGAUCGUGGUGAAUUCGCGAGCUGGAGGCACGAUGUACUAUGGCCUUCCCGGCGUGACCAAGAACACCUUCGAGGUCAUCCCAGUGAACUCCAGCGGGGCGCCCAUUGGAGAGAUUCCCUUCAUCCGCACCGGUCUCCUUGGCUUCGUGGGGCCGGGCAGCCUGGUGUUCGUGGUGGGGAAGAACGAGGGCCUGCUGAUGGUGAGCGGUCGGCGGCACAACGCGGAUGACCUGGUGGCCACAGCGCUGGCGGUGGAGCCGGUGAAGACCGUGUACCGCGGGAGGAUUGCCGUCUUCUCUGUGAACGUCUUCUACGACGAGAGGAUCGUGAUUGUGGCCGAGCAGAGACCUGAGGCCAGCGAGGAAGACAGUUUCCAGUGGAUGAGCAGAGUCCUGCAGGCAGUUGAUAGCAUUCAUCAGGUGGGGCUCUACUGCCUGGCUCUGGUCCCUGCAAACACCCUUCCCAAGACUCCCCUGGGCGGAAUCCAUGUGGCUGAGACCAAGCAGCGCUUCCUGGAGGGCAACCUGCACCCCUGCAACAUCCUCAUGUGUCCACACACCUGCGUCACCAACCUGCCUAAGCCGCGUCAGAAGCAGCCAGUGGGAGUCGGACCCGCAUCCAUCCUGGUCGGUAACCUAGUGGCUGGGAAGAGAAUUGCACAGGCAGCCGGCAGAGACUUGGGGCUGAUUGAGGACCAAGACCUAGUGAGAAAGCUGUGUAUGUGGCCGACCAUGAUGCACCAGUUCCUGACUGAGGCCCUGCAGUGGAGAGCUCAGACGGACCCGGAUCACACCCUUUUCGUGCUUCUCAAUGCGAAGGGCGUCGCUAUCUGCACGGCCACAUGCAUCCAGCUGCAUAAACGCUCUGAGAAGAUCGCGGGGGCCCUUUUCGAGCGAGGCCUCAACACGGGUGACAACGUGGUCCUGCUCUACCCGCCCGGCAUCGAUCUGAUCGCCUCCUUCUACGGCUGCCUGUAUGCCGGUUGUGUCCCAGUCACAGUGCGGCCCCCCCAUCCACAGAACCUGGCAGCCACGCUGCCUACUGUUCGCAUGAUCAUUGACGUCAGCAAGGCCGCCUGCAUUCUCACUACGCAGAACCUCAUGAAGACCCUUCGCUCCAAGGAGGCCGCCUCAGCCGUCAACAUAAAAACAUGGCCAACCAUCAUAGACACAGACGACCUCCCACGAAAACGCCUUCCCCAGAUCUACAAACCCCCCACUGCGGAGAUGUUGGCCUACCUAGACUUCAGUGUGUCCACCACAGGGAUGCUGACAGGGGUCAAAAUCUCUCACGCUGCUGUCAGCGCUCUGUGCCGCUCCAUCAAGCUUCAGUGCGAGCUCUACUCGUCCCGGCAAAUCGCCAUCUGCCUGGACCCCUACUGCGGCCUGGGCUUCGUGCUCUGGUGCCUCUGCAGUGUUUACUCUGGGCACCAGUCCAUCCUGAUCCCCCCUCAGGAGCUGGAGACCUCACUACCCCUCUGGCUCGGCACUCUUAGCCAGUACCGCAUCCGGGACACAUUCUGCUCCUACUCCGUGAUGGAGCUGUGCACCAAGGGCCUGGGCACCCAGACGGAGGCACUCAAGGCCCGAGGCGUGAACUUGACGUGUGUGAGAAGCUGCGUGGUGGUCGCUGAGGAGCGCCCGCGCCUGGCCCUCACCCAGUCUUUCUCUAAGCUCUUUAAGGACCUGGGCCUGUCCCCACGUGCUGUCAGUACGGCUUUCAGCUCCCGCGUCAAUCUGGCCAUCUGUCUGCAGGGCACCACUGGACCUGACCCCUCCACUGUCUAUGUGGACAUGAAAUCUCUUCGGCACGACAGGGUGCGGCUGGUGGAGCGCGGCGCCCCCCAGAGCCUUCCGCUCAUGGAAUCGGGCACGAUCCUCCCAGGAGUGCGUGUGGUUAUAGUGAACCCUGAGACGCAGGGUCCGCUGGGGGACUCCCAUCUGGGGGAGAUCUGGGUCAACAGCCCCCACAGUGCCAGUGGCUACUACACCAUUUACGGUGAGGAGAACCUGCAGGCGGACCACUUCAAUCUGAGGCUGAGCUUUGGUGACCCACAAACGCUGUGGGCCCGCACUGGCUACCUGGGCUUCGUCAGAAGGACAGAGCUGUUGGAUGCCAGCGGAGAACGUCAUGAUGCCUUGUUUGUGGUGGGAUCCUUGGACGAGACCCUGGAGCUGAGAGGGUUACGCUACCACCCGGUGGACAUCGAGACGUCGGUGUCGCGCGCUCACCGCAGCAUCGGCGAGAGCGCUGUCUUCACAUGGACCAAUCUCCUCGUGGUGGUGUCAGAACUCUGUGGCUCUGAGCAAGACGCGCUGGACCUGGUGCCGCUGGUGACCAAUGUGGUUCUGGAAGAGCACCACCUGGUGGUGGGGGUGGUGGUCAUCGUGGACCCUGGUGUCAUCCCCAUAAACUCCCGGGGCGAGAAGCAGCGCAUGCACCUGAGAGAUUCCUUCCUGGCCGACCAGCUGGACCCCAUCUACGUGGCCUACAACAUGUGAAGUCCGGCUACGUGGGGACGACUCUGGGCUUCUCUGGGGGGGGUGUUCCAUAGGGGGAUUUUGGCGACCCCCCCCCCCCACCAUUCCACACACGACACGGUUUUCGUGGUCCCAGUAUGUACGUGUGCACAUGCGCAUGUCUCAACGGAGGCAUGUCGUCGACGAGCCGGCCAUCAAAACCACACACCUCGUAACAGCUUCCUGGAUGAACUGUGCAGCAUAUUUGGGUUGGGAACCCAUCGGGAUCUGCACCCCAUCGACCCACGCGCAGACUUCCCUGCCUCCCAUUCAGUGAAGCCGCCACACUUGGGGGUCCUUGUAGGUGAAGAAUGCAGAGGGGCCUUGGAGGAAAGAGGAAAGGGGGAGUAGUGGAGGAGGCAACUUGUAUUUCUGUUCAUAGAGAUGAGUGUCAUGGCUUCCCUCCCUCCCUCACUCGCCCCACUUGGGCGAUCCCACACACAUCAUGAACAGUGGACAUCUAUUUUCCAUUUGCUUUUCCCUUAUUCAGCAUUGCUCACUUCUGUAUCACUUCCGCUCCCUUUUCCAUAAAUGCCCCCCCCCCCCCCCCCCCCCCCAUUUUGUUCCCUUUAAGGAAAAAGGCCAGAGGAAUGAAGGUGAGACUGCUUUCCCAAUCACCGUCUGCCAUAGCAUCUUCACUGAAGCCCUGUCGCAGCUCCUGGCCUGGCAUUACUUUCCUGACCCUUUUAGGCCUGCCGUGACGGCCUGCCGUGACGGCCUGCUUCCGCGUGCCUAUAAGCACACUCAAGCUCGUUCUGCGGAUUCUUCGAGAGGGAGGCGAACCAAGGACUUUUUAAAUGGAAUCUUGACAUGUGAACAGAGCGUCAUCAUCCUUAUGAUCCUGAACAUGGACAUUAGUCAUUCAGGUUUCACGCUACACGGACUCAGGCGGACUCACUUGCAAACUGUCUUUUUAUGUAAGUGCGUGUAAUCUGUUUAUUCCCAAGCGUUGUCUGACAGAUGGAGCGGUCGAUCCACACUGUGUGUGAGUGAGUAAGGCAUCGGUUGAAACACACGCAAAGUCAAGUCCCUCAGGAGAUGAGGAGAGAACCUCGCCUUACCGAAUGUGUGGAUGUCCCAUUAUAUUCUCCCUUUUUCCCCUUGCAUUUAUGUUAACCUUAUUUUUGUGGUGGGGGGGAUUCAAUUAAGUGACAAGGAGUCGAGGGUUGCAAAGUAGUAUAAUUACAAGUGUGGAUAUUACAUAUUUUUAGUCAGACACUGCAGUUACUUAGUUGUUUUUAACUUGUACAUCUUACUGUUGCGCAAACAUUACUUGACUGACCUUAUACUUGACCGCAAUUAUUUGGAUGACUGACCUAUUUGUGAAUAACCUGUUUCGGAGGAGGAAGGAACAUAGAAUGAUUAGUGGGAGUGAAAACACUGUAGUAAACAGCAACAACAAAAACAGGCAUUUGGUGAUACCCUGAAGGGGCGCAGCUGCAGAGUAAGUUCUGUGAUCCAUUUAUGCACUUUAUUCACACUUUGGAGGAUAAAUACCUGAACCUUAGAGAAGCCCCAUUGGACUAAGUGGGAAAUAAAUUUUUUUGAAUGAAAACGAUCCUCAUCAGUGCCACGCAGAGACCUUUCAUGGGGUAGGUGCUUAGCCGCUUGUCCCCCUCAGUAAAUUUGACUUUGUCUGUGUUUGUUACAUUUAACCGACUAGGGGGGCAAUUGGAACCUCAAAUGUUGGGCAAAGGGGCAGGUGUUCAGACACCCUUAUCUCCCCCACCACUGAUCGCGUUUCUGCAACCUACCGGACCAGAACACGUGACAGCUGUGCUACCAUGGAAACCCUUCAGUGGAAAUUUAAAUGAGAUGGAUACUACAUCCGCCAAACUGUCUUGACUGCCUAUUGUAGUUACAGCAAACUUAGGGAAUAGAUGCCUGUAAUUGAACCCAGAAAUUGUGACAAUGAAACAAUGAGGCACGGGACCAGACCAGGUGUUUACAGACCAGAUCAGGCGUUUACAGACCACUAGCAUAGCUUUCAGGUAGAAAUACUGAUGCUUUUUAAAAAAAUAAAUAAAAUGAUUGUCUGAUGGUAAUAAUGAAAAAUACCACUUUGAUCCCACUGUAGACAUCAUAAAAUUGAGAUUGUUUUACUAUAUUGCUCUAAAAUUUUAAAGCACUUUACUAGUGAAAACAAGUUUGAUCUCACUUUGGUUCCUGUGAUACGAUUUGGUUUAGUACUGAAACUCUCAAUCUCACAAGUAAGGCAUCUUCAGUGAUUAUAGACAUAAAAGGCACCUGAUGCUGCAUUUGCAUGGAUGCUAAAGCAUAGUACUGUGAUCGUUGGUAAUCAAAACAGGGGAUCUCAAAAUGGGGGGGGGCAAUUUCAAUUGUCCAGGCAAAUGGGACAGGUGUCAGUCAGUCUCAGCUGCUGCCCCCCGCCCCCCGGAGCCUUUGAAAUAAUUUGGUAAAAAAAAAUUGAGAAAUUGGUAUGACUAACAUGACUACAAUGUCAAAUAAAAUUAAUAAAACCCAAAGAAACAUUGGAAGAUCCAGUAUGAACCUGUAACCAUCAUUGCGAUUGUAGGGUGUUGGUGCCUUUCUAUAUAUUGAAUAAAUAUGUGAAUUUAGUGAAUUACUGAACAUAUACCAUUACCAUGUAGUUUUACUUGUUUUUGAUCACGCACAUUUUUGCAUUCCGUAGAAUGUUUAAUUGUGUUGUUGGACUGGCCUUUCACUUUAACCUGUAUAGAACACUGGAGAAACACCUUCAUUUGUUUACUUAGUGCUUUACACAGUCUCCAACACUCCUUCAUCCAAGCAUAAGCACGCAUUGUUCUGAAAAAGAGAGAUCUGAAGUGAGUUUAUUUUUUGUUGGCUAUGGUGCUUCUCCUAAGUCCAUGCAUCAAGUGUCUCCUCCAGGGACCAACCUGUAUUGUGUGGUUAAUCGUCAAAAAUUUGUUUGGUCCAGCAGGUCCUUCAGGGACAGUGUCUGCUGCGAACAGGAAUUCCCUGGGUGUGAGCUUGAGAACAAGGAGACCUUGUGGAAUUAUGCUUGGAAAAAGGGAUAUUUGGGCUCAGGUCAAACCCAGUGCAAAAAAGGGGGAUUCCUCUGUCAGGAGUCAGUAAUUUGCCAAGCUGUGCCAUCUUUUGGCUAGAUAAUAUUUUUCGUUUGAUCUCACCUUCAAUGCCUAUAUCUAAAGACAAUACGAACUGGUCUGCUAAUCACACAUACGGCCUAAUUUUCUUUUUGAACGUGGAAGCCCUAUAAUCAACCAGAAGAGGAGGAAAGAGCCAAAAGGACUUUGGUUGUAUAUUAUUUCUAUUAUGUAUAAUUAUUUUUUGAAUGACUCAAAAUAAUGUGUGAUGUAAUGAUUGGCAACAUGCCGCACUAUAACCUCUCCAACAGUCGGUGCUCUGCUUAAACAGCUGUUUUGUUCAACCACAGGCUGUAAUUAACCAUUUAUGUUUUUGCAGAAUUUAAAGUUGUCUUCUUUCCAUAGUUUCAAACAGGUGAAAACAUAGAAAAUGCUGUUGAUAUUUCUGAUAUCCACUGAAACUCAGUAACAACUCUUCUGGGUUCAAGGGAAAAUUGUAGACCUUGUAGACUGUAUAGGUGCUUGUUUUUCCUUUCCUUAUUUAAGAAAAGAUAUGUUGUAUGUGUAUGCAUUUGUCAUGUAAAAUAGUCUAUAUUGAAUAAUUAAGAAUAUUUAGAGAGAUGUUUAAGAUUGUGGGACGUCUUUACCUUUAGCAGUGUAGGGUUCUUUUAACGCUCCUAUUUGAGCUUUGAGUAGAAAUUCAAAUUCACAGGUUUGUUUUACCAUGAUGUACAGACUCGCAAAUGCUGAACUGCACAACCCCUGUAAUUUCUGGGUGCUUCUCGCCUGGUCAUUCUGCUUCAGACUAGACCCAGGCCUCAUUUUCUGUCAUAUCUUUCACCUUUACAUUACUGUCAUUCCACGUUAGGGUUUGAGGGUGUGCUCCAGAUAUUCUGGGAUGGUUUUAGCUUGACAUAGACUGUGUGAGUCGCGGUCACGUGUUUUCCUGGAGUGUAAAGCAUGAGUCAGACGGGGUAAGAGUCAGUGGCGUGCCUUGACUCCCAGACAAAGCACAAGUCCGAUGCAAUCUGAGCACAAGCAAGCAGAUUGUGAAUUUAUUAGGAGCAAUAUCUAAGGACAGGAAGCUUCAUUCUUAUAUGAAUUUCCGAUUGUAAGCAUCAGUUGUGUAAAAAAAAAAAAGAAAAAGAAACAAACCCAGCAUGUCAUUCCAUGUACAAAAACAAUAUGUACAGUACACUGUGUGCAGUGCAGUUCAGCCAGAAACACCUACAGGAACUGCUGCAGUGUCUCAGUGCAGCUUUUAACACUAUGCAACAAAUAACGGCAGUUGAUUCCAGACGUCUUACACUGGUGAGCAUGUUCAUGUAGCUAAAACAGUUUUGAGAAUUAAAAACACAAGUGCAUAUGCUCUUUGGGUCAACAAGGGUCAGCUAAUGUCAAGAAGCAUGGGGUGUAGGCCAUGUUGGAGGAAAUAACAUCUGACCAGGAAAGCAGUAUCAUAAAUCCCAUGAAUCUUUGAUAUCCCUUGUAAACAUGAAGGGUUUGCGUUGUUCCUAUGCUGUGAACGUUUUCUUUAACCUGGGUUAGUUCUGGUUCUGAUGGUGAUGGCAACAGUGUGGAUUUUAAGACUACUGCAGUGAUAGGAAAGAGGUACACAUGUAAACCUUAAGGCUUUGGAGCAUUUUAGCUCUCCUUGAGAAUUUUAGGGAAGUGUUUCAUCAUCCUACUCUCCAACCAACCAUCACGUUUUUCAUUUUGUACAUUGGUGAUAACUGUUUUAUAUUUAAAUGGCAAAAAAAUAAUAAAAUAAAAAGCUUUUAUUUUGCUGCA